UGACGUCAGCACCAGACAGGUAUAAGGUAGACCGGUCCUGGUGGGAGCGUCCUCUCUCUCUCACCGCGCGCGCUCUGUCGUUUCGGCGGCGUUUGAGAAGAGCUAAGCCCGAGACACCCCCGCCAGAGGUCCGCUCCCCUGGGUGCUAAUCUACCAGACUGUACGGCAGACAUCAGAAGACGACCAUGAGUCCGUCAGGAGUGUUGCUGAUGACGUGUCUGUCGCUGAUUGGCUGCGCGGCUCCCGCCAGCUCUGCGUACCUGUGCGGCUCGACGCUGUUCGACGUGCUGAGCUGGGUGUGCGAGGGGCGCGGGGAGCCGGGGAUUAGCAAGAACCAAGAUGUUCCCAACGUGGACAACGAAGCCAGGCUCCACCCCCGAUCACCGCAGUUUUCCCGCCGAGUUCGCGAACUCAUCGACGACUGUUGCUUCAAUGUCUGCACCUUCGACACUCUGGAGAGCUAUUGCACUCCCUGGGCGGAAACACCCGAACCCAACCUGAACGACGCCGAGGACGCCGCGGAAAUUCCCGAUGGGGAGACGACGAUCUCGGCGAAGUUCGGGAGUGACCACGUGACCAGAGAACGAGACUCUCGCAAUGGAGUCUUGUCAUGACCUUGGCUAGCAGUGACCUUGGUUGUUCGAAAGUCCACAAAUGGAGACAACCUUCUGCGUAGUAUUACAGAGUUUAUAAACAUUAGGACUUCAUGUCCGGGCUGCUUUACAAAUGUUUAAAAGAUAUACAAGCCAAUCAGUGUUGGAUAAUUACUAUAAAAUUACUACUUAUAUCACCCAAACUUUCAAAGUGAGGCCGCCAUCUUUGCCGACGAUAAAUAGUAGAUCGCGCCAUUCACAAUUUCUUUCUGUAAUCAGAGCCGUACGAUUUUUUGCCGAAAAUUUGCUACUGCUACCUAUGUCUGACAUAUUUGCCUACAAGCUUUUUCUA